AACAGAAGAGACGAGAUUUUGGUUGAAGCGAUCUUAAAGUAUUCAGGCAUUGAAAUAAAUCUCGUGCCAACAUGUUUUUCGUAAUAAACAUAUGUGUGAUAUCAUUUUGCUGUGUCCACGCACACAGGUUUGACUACGAGUACUCCCAAGAGGCCGAUGGCUGGCUAAAGCUACACCGGGUACCGGCAACUUGGCAAGACGCUUAUCUCAACUGCUAUUAUGAAGGUGCUGUCUUAGCCUCUCCAGAAAAUGAAAAUAUGAAGUUGGCGCUAACAAAAUUAAACAUUUUAUCAAAUUGUGGCAUAUACAUUGGCGUUCACGCGACGUUCGGCAAAGGGGCCUACUUCUCAGUAAAGGGAACACCGUUAUCUCGCAUGCCAGUCACCUGGGCCCCUGACGAGCCCGACAACUCGAACAACGCCGAGGACUGCCUCCUUAUGCUGUCGAACGGUACCAUGGCUGAUGUCAAGUGCUCGGAGACCUUCCCUUAUUUUUGUUACAUCAGUCAAGAGCAGGCAAAGAAGGAGAUUAACGCGUGCGGUACAAUGGACGAAGAAUACUCUUUGGACACAAGAACAGGUAGCUGCUAUAAAGUGCACAGGUCCCCUCUGAAUUGGACACGUGCAUUCGUCGCUUGCGCACGCGAGGGUGGCCAUCUUGCUGUCAUCAACAGUAUCAUGGAAGCUCAGAUCAUCGCCACGCUGUGGAACAAUGCCCGUCCCCACUUUGUAGCCGGGAAGUAUAACAGAGACAUUGCUUUCUUAGGGUUCAAAACUAUCGAAAAUAAAUUCCAAUGGAUGACUAUACAUGGACAAACGCUUGCGGCAGCCGGGUAUAACCGGUGGUCCGACGGUCAACCUGACAAUCCAGGAGUCCAGAACUGCGGUGCUAUGUUCCGGAACGGGCUGCUAGACGACAACAACUGCGACAACACACUCCCUUUUAUCUGUGAGAAGGACCCGGCUAGUUUACUCUCGGAUCCAUUUAGUCAAUAGUUUUGUAAUGCGUCGCACGACGGCCACGAAACGUACGCUCGACGCUGACACCGACCAACAUACAUUGAUAAAUAAGUUUUUGGCAAAAAUUACAUUUUUGGUACAAGCUUUUAUCGCUGACUGUUCUUUUCUUACGUCAGACAACUAAUACUCAUCGAGACAAUUCUAAAAACCCCUAACACAAUUAGGUUGCGUUGUUUCAUCACAGAGUUCCUAUGGCCACCUCCUCUCUCCAUCAUCAGAUCAGUUCGCCAGUACCAUUAUUAUUGUAUUGUCAUCAGAACUACAUACAGCUGCAAUUGCAAUUUUCAUGACGCUACGAUCCUUGGAAGAUGGUUAAAUUAGCUACCUUAUAUUCCAUUACAUAGUUAGUUACAUACAGGUCGACCUAAUAAAAA